CUAAGUCAUAUACCUUAUAUAUAGCCAAAUAACUAUCUGAUAUUUGAAUAUCCGACUAAUUUUUUCACAAAGUUCCUCUAGUGUGUGAGUAGUCCAUUAUCAAGGAUUAAAAAUAAAUAUGAUGUUAUGUGUGGUUUAUGGAAUAACUUAUUUUUCAAUUGGGAAAGAAGAUCAUUUAUUCUCUAAAUUUUAAAUUUAAUGGUGAACUAUAAUGAAUUUGUCGAUUUAAGUAAUAUACAUACAAAUAAUAUAUUAACAGAAUAAAAAAUGUACCAAAAUUAUAUUUUGGAAAUAUAUGAAUUUAAUUUCUUAUACAAGAUCUUAGGAUUAACUUUAGUUUUUCACAACGGAGUUCUGUUGAUAAAAAUAAUAAUGAAAAAAAAAUGUGUACAGACUAAGGGAAAGUUAGAAGAAAAAUUGGUAAAUCCAAAAAGAAGGGAGGAUGAAUGUUGUAAAAUAUCUAAUAAAUGAUUCUUCUAUUUUUGUCAUUACAUAGCAUGAACCAACUAUAAAAGGUGGUGCAAGGGGAUUGAAGCAAACCAAGAUACAUCAGCAGCUUAAGUUCUUUGUUCAUUGACUCCAUCGUUGAAUUCCUGAGGUAUUCUUCUUACCGCACUUCCUUUUCGAUCGUUUCUCUGCCAUUUAACGCUCCAGUUUUGCUUAUUUAAUCAUUAUUACAAUCAUUAUAUCUGUUUCUCUUUCAUUCUCUCAAAACAACGUAAGAAAUGAUGAUGAUUCUAACACUAGCACGAGCCGCGAGGGUUGUUGUGUACUGUCACCUUUUUUAUGUUGCUUAUUUAUCUGUCGAUUUUUUAUUUUGGUUUCGGUAAUUAAGAAAAGGAGUGAUAUGGAGACGAGUAUUAAUUAACUCCGAUAUGUAUAAUGCAGAUAGUGACUUUGUUAACCAUGGAUCGCCAGGCCAAGAAUGUUCCUUUCCAGACAAGCUUCGUCCUCUCCACCCAUUGCCCGUGUCCUCCCAGUGGCCAGAACAGAGGCAGCAUGCCGCCUCCUCGCCGGAGCUCAUUGCCACCCCUUCCCCCAAAGAGACCAACAACAGCCAGACGUCAUCAGCAAGUCGGGUUGCAGAAUUUCACCGGACCAAGGCUCCUCCCCCCUCAGUCGCCUGUCUUCCGCUCAUGGACCCCCAUGAGUAGUCCUGCGCCGUCAUCGUCGUUCCAGUACUUUCAGCCAGCGCCGCCGGUGGCUUACCACAACGCGGCGUUGCCUCCGAGGCCCCCAACCACCUCCGUCAGUGCUCGCGGAAGUGCCUACAGCGGUAACGACUCAGCUGUUUUCCCCUCUAUGGAUGCUAUGAGGAUGAUCUAUCCGGGGCCCAUAGAGAUGCCCGUUGGCGUGAACUAUUCAAAGGAAGGCCAUGGGGAACCAGCCGGUUUCGUGGACGAGCAAGUCUACAUGGACCUGGAUGAGAUUUUUGAUUUUUCUACUAAGGAUGAUGACGUGGCGAGAAUCGGUAGCGGAUCUUCUGAGAAUAACGCGGGUGUAAAGAAAAGAGCAGCACCUUCGAGAAAAACGAGAAGGAAGAGUGUUUCACCAUCAGUGGAUUGCAAUAACAAUUGGAAGUCCAGCGUGGCGAUUGAAAAAGGGAUGUUUACUGAAUCUCAAAUGAAUGAGAUUGCGCGCUGCAAGAUACUCCAAAAAUACGUUGUAACUGAUCCUAAGUAUGCCAAAAGGACGUUGUCAAACCGGGCAGCAGCACGACGUUCAGUCCAGAGGUCGGCGCAGCACAUUUUAAAUUUGGAGGAAAAGGAACAAACUCUUGAGAAAGAGGGUGCUACACUAACUGUCCAUACCAGGUUUGCGGAGAAAACUAAAUUGGGCCUGGAAGAGGAGAACAUGAAGCUAAGGAUUCGUUAUCAAGGACUCCAGGACCAGUUCAAACGUGCUAAUGCCUCGAAGGAAUGUAACAAUGAAGAAAUCAAUUGGGUGAAGCAGAAGGGAAAAGAAGCGGUAUUCCCAGACUGGGGGGAUACGACAAUGGACGAAUUCUUGUUGGAGCAACUGAACGAGUUAAAUGAGGAGCCCAAGACGAACAAUUAUGGUUUCGAAUGAAGAGAUCAUCCAUAGGAAGUUGAGAGAGGGGUGUAGGUUCAAGGCCUAGAUUGAAGUCAAAAAGUCUUUUUCUUUUUCUUUUUCUUUUUUUUUUUUAAGUUGUUUUCAUGAGUUGUAUGGUCAGAGUCAGGUUGAGUAAAA